CUCCCUGUUGCCUAGUGACAAAGUUUCCAAGUCCACUGAAGAAUUCAGACUGUAACUGAGGUGUUUCUGCUAAUAUCUUCCAUCAAUUUCAUCUCUUUUCCACUGGUCAAUUAUAUCACCUACUAUAUUUAAGGAAGCAAAAUGGCCAAGGGACGGAAAGGCCCUAAGGGAAAAAAGAUCACUUUAAAGAUCGCCAAAAACUGUAUCAAGGUCACGUUUGAUGGGAGACGGCGCCUUGACCUAAGCAAAAUGGGGAUCACCACCUUCCCCAAGUGUAUCCUGAAACUCAAUGAAGUGGAAGAACUAGACCUAAGCCGGAACAUGAUCAAGAAGAUACCAGAAAGCAUCGCCAAGUUCCAGAAUCUGCGUUGGUUAGAUCUGCACAGCAAUCUCAUUGAGAAGCUUCCUGAUAGCAUCGGUCAGCUGGGCACUCUCCACUACCUCAAUCUCUGUAAUAACAAGCUAACCUCCAAUAGCCUUCCUUUGGAACUCAGAGACCUGAAGAACCUUCGUACACUGAACUUGGGUUUGAACCAUAUCGAUAAUCUCCCCACCACCCUUGGGGCAUUGAAAGAGCUCCAUGAGGUGGGGGUCUUCGAUAAUCUUCUGACCAGUAUACCCACCAGUAUUGCCAAACUUCCCAAAUUAAAGAAAUUGAAUGCAAAGCGCAACCCCUUCCCCAAAGAUGAUGAAGAUGUGGCAUUUAUCGAUUCUAUAAAGCGGUUAGAAACCUUGUACUUGGUAGAAGAGAAAGACCUCUGUGGGCCCUGCCUGAAGAAAUGCCAAGAAGCCCGGGACAAGCUGAAUAAAAUAAAGGGCAUGGCACCAGCCCAAGCAAGGAAGCCAAACUUUACAAAUCUAGUUAGCCCCAACUCAACAGCCAAGGAGAGUCAAGAGGAGUGGAGGUGAACAGGGACCCUUUCCCUGGGGAAAGAGGGGGAAAAAAUCUCACAAGCUUGUGUGAACAGGCAGAAGAAUGUACAUCAUAUCUGGUCAUGUAGCUUCUCUAGCCAAGCCCAUAAAACAACUUUCCCUUCCUCCUUUGCUUGUGGGUCUGGUGAUUUAAGGGUUUAUUGGUUUUUUUGUUUUGUUUUGUUUUUUGUUUUUUGUUUUUCUCCUUCUCAAACACACAAACUCACACACAGAAUCAUAAAAGGUCCACACUCCUCCUCCUGCCAAUAAAUAAAGCCAUUUAGGCAUCAAUCAGUGACAAGGACAACUGAUGACUCAGUUUCUCUAGUCUCCCCACUUCUGGACUUUGCAAAUCUAGGAAGCAUUAAUGAGCUGGAAAAAUGCUGAAGGAUCUUGAGACUUAUUAAAAGAAAAUUUACCUUAGGUAGCUCUCAGAACAGGUUGAGACACCUUUUGGUUAUAGCUUAGAGAACUAGAACUGGAGAUAUGAGGUGUGGUUUCAAAUCCUGCCUCACACAUUACUGCCCCACACAUGAUUUUCCUGUAUGAUCAUGAGCAAGUCACUUAAUUUUUCAAGGUCUCAGUUGUCCUAUCUGUAAAAUGGAAAUAAACCUCCUUGUACUACUUACUCCACUAUGUUGUUGGGAUAGGGGGAUGCUUUGAAAACUUCAAUGAACUACGUAAAUGUGAGUUAUUAUUAACUUGUUCUCCCUAAUGUUAUGUUUACUUCUUAUGAAGGAAAA